GGUAUGAUGUUUGCGAUCAGCAGAUUUCGAAAUGGCAGUAAGAAACAACAGAAAGAAUGAUCGUGAGCUUCGCUUCUUUCGCUAUGAUUGGGCUAUUUCACGAUACAGAUGGAUAGAUGAAAAUUGUCGUAAUACAGUGUCUGGUUUCGGAACCGUAGAAAACUUGAACUUGGUCCAUUCUUCGUCAGAUGUCAAGAUUUCAUUCAGAAAACAUAUUUCCCAAGAGGACUUGAAAACUCAUGUGAUCACAUCUAAGAAAGAAAAGAUAGUCACAAAAAGUCAAAGUCUUUGCUCCUUACAACCAGAAAAUGAAGCUCAAGAGAUUGCCAAGGGACAUGGGACAAUGAUAAGUGUUUUACAAAGCAGACUUCUUAGAUUGAAAGCAGCUCAAACACUUUGGCACAAGGACACCAAUGCUUUGAUAGAGUAUCUCCUGCGGUUGAAAGAUGAUGCAGUGCUGGUUGACAUCAUGCCAUUUCUGACAUGCAGCAGAGUGCGUGAUGUGUCACCCGAAGGACAGGCCUUGUCAAUGGGGGCAUGUCUAGAAAUUUUACCUCCACUUGAGAGACUCCUUACAUCUAAAUUCGAAGAUUACGUUAUUGCUGGACUGGACAUGAUCAGGGAAAUGGUCAAACGCUGGUGGAUGCAAUUGAAAGCUGCAACAAGUAAAGGUGUGGAGCCAGAGUGGCAGAGAUGCAGCAGGAGUGUGAGCGGCAUGUACAUGGCAAUCGUUUCUCUUUCUGCCAUCAUUGUCAAAGUUUCUAAAAGAAAGGGACCAGUGGGCGAGAAAGCUCUCGUUGUCACCAGGCUGUUAGAUCUACUAUGAAACAGUGUGUAAUUGGGUAGAGCGGUGAUUAAAUUGUACAUAGGCUGAUGAACAUUGGAAUGGUUUACACUGUUAACAAAUGCUAUUUAUUUGUUGUAUUUAUUAUUUAUUUGUUCAUUUUUAUCUUAUAUUCUACAACUUACGUGGUAUCUGCUUUGACAUGGAUAAGGUAUUAAAAGAUGUGUUAGAUCUCAGUUCUGUCAAUAAGUUAUGUUUGAAAUA